UCACCCAGCUUCCUCACCCUGGCAACGGGCGGGUGACUACUUCCGGUGCUGUGAGGGCUCGGGGCUGACGCGGGGCAGUUCCUCUCCUGCAAUUGCUUUUGGAUGGAAGUAUGCUCUUUUCCCAAUAGAAGAUGGUAAUCUUGGAGAAUGACCAUGGAGAAGGGGAUGAGUUCUGGAGAAGGGCUGCCUUCCAGAUCAUCUCAGGUUUCGGCUGUUAAAAUAACAGCCAAAGAGUUGGAAACAAAACAGGCCCAUAAAGAGAAGCGAGGGGGCUUUGUGUUGGUGCAUGCAGGUGCAGGUUAUCAUUCCGAAUCCAAAGCCAAGGAAUAUAAACAUGUAUGCAAACGAGCUUGUCAAAAGGCAAUUGAAAAGCUACAGGCUGGCGCUCUUGCGACAGAUGCAGUGACAGCAGCUCUGGUGGAGCUUGAGGAUUCUCCUUUUACAAAUGCAGGAAUGGGAUCUAAUCUAAAUCUCUUGGGUGAAAUUGAGUGUGAUGCCAGCAUAAUGGAUGGAAAAUCCUUGAAUUUUGGAGCUGUUGGAGCACUGAGUGGAAUCAAGAACCCAGUCUCAGUUGCAAACAGACUCUUGUGUGAAGGGCAGAAGGGCAAGCUCUCGGCUGGCCGAAUUCCUCCCUGCUUUUUAGUUGGAGAAGGAGCCUACAGAUGGGCAGUAGAUCAUGGAAUACCCUCUUGCCCUCCUAACAUCAUGACCACAAGAUUCAGUUUAGCUGCAUUUAAAAGAAACAAGAGGAAACUAGAGCUGGCAGAAAGGGUGGAAACAGAUUUCAUUCAACUAAAGAAAAGAAGACAAUCAAGUGAAAAGGAGAACGACACAGGCACUUUGGAUACGGUGGGCGCUGUGGUCGUGGACCACGAAGGGAACGUGGCUGCUGCUGUCUCCAGUGGAGGCUUGGCCUUGAAACAUCCAGGGAGAGUUGGGCAGGCUGCUCUUUAUGGAUGUGGCUGCUGGGCUGAAAAUACUGGAGCUCAUAAUCCCUACUCCACAGCUGUGAGUACCUCAGGAUGUGGGGAGCAUCUUGUGCGCACCAUACUGGCUAGAGAAUGUUCACAUGCUUUACAAGCCGAAGAUGCUCACCAAGCUCUGUUGGAGACUAUGCAAAACAAGUUCAUCAGUUCACCUUUCCUGGCCAGCGAAGAUGGUGUGCUUGGGGGAGUGAUUGUUCUCCGAUCCUGCAGGUGUUCUGCCGAGCCUAACUCCCCGCAAAAUAAGCAGACACUUCUAGUGGAAUUCCUGUGGAGCCACACGACGGAGAGCAUGUGUGUUGGAUAUAUGUCCGCCCAGGAUGGGAAGGCCAAGACUCACAUUUCCAGACUUCCCCCCGGGGCGGUGGCCGGACAGUCCGUGGCGAUCGAAGGAGGGGUCUGCCGCCUGGAGAGCCCCGUGAACUGAACCUUCAGGCCGAGCACAGAACGUCCGAGAGGCGUUUCGGAACCUGAGGUUUUUAACCGAAGCUGGACAUUUUCCUCAUUUUAUAAUUCCUGUCGCAGCCUCGUGCGUCGCUCACAACACUAGUGCUGCUGUAGUUAGCGCUUGGUGACAUGCGGGCCUUCGGCAGAUGAGCGGGACUGUGUGUGUGUGUGUGUUUGUGUGUGUGUGUGUGUGCUUGCUUCUCCUUCGAUGAAAUAGAAGCCCCUCUUUAUUGUGUACCUUAAGACCAGGAAUGAUUAAAUCAUCUUCCCCAAAACGUGUGCUUUCACUGUUUACAAGUAAAACCUAAAGGGCAAGAAACUUCGUUGAUUUCACAAAGAGCUACCAACUGUCCUUGAUGUAACUGUGUGUGUCUGAACUACAGAGUAAGUCUACUUGUGGAAAUGAUUUGCCGGUGGCAGUGGUCCCUUUAAUAACAGUACUAGUAACAAAGUGUGUUUCUUUGUUAGCCAGUUUAAGUGGAUCCCGUGGUAACUUAAACUGUUGUUCUCAUCCCUCAUAUGGGGCAUUUUUCUUUAACAAAGAAUGGUUUCAGUGAAACAAUCUAGCAGAGAAUUAAGGUCAGAACCUUUUUAAAUAAUAGUCUUACUGAUAAAGUUUGUACUUCUUUCCUCAAGCUUUUCUAAGCUUAAAUACGGCAUAGCUUCCAGCUGUGUAAACUGUAUUAUGAAAGAGUAUGUAAAGAGAACCUACAGUAAAGCGCAGUCCUUAAUUUGUGUAUAAUGGAAUGUUAUUUACAAUGUAACACUGUAAAUAAGAAAGCAAAAUUUAUGGGAAAAUUCAAUAUUAUCUUUGUUUCUUGUUUAAAUAUAUUUUUAAGAUAAAGGCACAAAAAUAAAAGAAGCAUAUUACUGGGUAUACUGUGUGACCCCUCUUAUCAGACUAAUAAAUUAUCUUUUGAAUCCUA